GGUGUGGGAGCACGCUUGCUACUCUCUCCAGUCCUCUCACUUGGAGCAAUAGAGGUUGUAGUAGUAAGUGGAGCCUGAGCAGGAGUCCUGACUGGAGCCAACGCGCAGCUUUUCAUGUUCAACAAAACACAUGGAAUAAUGUUAGCUUGAAUUAUUUGCUUUUCAGCGCUGGAUAGUGGAACAUUUUUGGACUCCCGUGUAAAGUUAUUUCGAGGUAUUUUUUUUACAUCUUACCUUGACAUUAUGAAGAAGUAUCCAUGUUUUAUUCCCGGGAGAGGAUGACGUUUUAUAGAACUAUUUGCUGAUUUGUUUUUGUGCGCGAGCUCUUAAGUGUUUUGUUAGUUUGGAGUUGCACGCGCUCACUUUUUUUCGCGGUACUUUUUCAAAAAAUAGCUCAAAAUGAAACGCGUGGGUGUUGCUGUUUUGAUUAUAAUGGCCGCUGCUACCUUAAGAUGCGGAGAUAGCCACAGUGACUCAACAGGUGAGAGGAGGGAUGGCGCACAAGAAGAAAGGUCGCUUCGGGUGCAACAGAAACAACAAAAACACCAAUUAAGGAGUCAAGGUCACUCGGCGAGGGGGCCAGGAGAGGAGAGCGCGCUUCCCCCGGGGCAAGAGGCUGCAGCAGACGUCUCCUCUUCACCUCGGAGCGUCAGACAAGCGCCGAGCCAGAGCCAGGUCUCCCCACAGCAGAGAGCCAGAGUGAACCGCAGGCAGAGCACCAGGCAGGGCGCCGCUGGCACCACGAGGAGACUCAUUGGGCCUAAUGUGUGUGGAGGUCAGCAGUGCUGCUCGGGCUGGGCUGUGGCUCCAGGAACCAAUCGUUGCAUCAAACCUGACUGUCAGCCCCCCUGCCAGAACCGUGGCUCCUGCAGCCGGCCUCAUACCUGUGUGUGUCGCUCAGGCUUCCAGGGGCCCCGCUGUGAAGAGGUGGCCCCGGAGCAGGUGUACAUCCGCGACAGAGGGGCCUUGAGAAGAGUGCAACCUGGGACCAAUCCUUUUCACAGGGACCAACCACAGAGACGGCCCAGUGACAGACAGGCCAGUGAUAGUACCAGGAGCCAGACCCCACGACCUGCCACCAGCAAACAGCCCACCCACUCCACGACCCAGGUGAGAAGAGGACCCCCUGACUCAUCCCCACAGCAGACUGGGACCUCCCGCACUGUGAAGCGCUACCCAUCAUCCAAUGGGCCCAUUACCUCCAACGCCCUCCCCAACACAUACCCCUACUCCAACAACUGGAAUGGUCAUAAUCGAGUGUAUAGGCCUCCUGCCAAUAGCCCUACGCAUGGACAGCACAACAAUGCAGUAUUGCCAACAGGGGCCAAUCUCACCUCCAGUCUGGACCGCAUUAAGAUCAUCUUCACCCCCAUGCUCUGCCGGCGAGUCUGUAGCAGUGGACGCUGCUACAACAGCUGUGAGAAGGGAGACACCACCACUGUUUACAGUGAGAAUCCGCAACCACAACAGCCGCAGCAAACCAAGAACCAGGGCUUCAGACUCUUCUUCUGUCAGAUCCCGUGUCAAAACGGUGGCCGCUGUAUUGGCAGAGAUCACUGCUGGUGUCCGUCAAAUUCAACAGGAAAGUUCUGCCACCUCCCUUCACCUCCUCCUCCUCCGCCACCGAGGCCCAGCCCUUCCAGCACAAAGGACACCAGCCAGCAUGGGCCCUCACACUCCAUGUACACCCUGCCUCUCUCAAACCAACAAGCCUCACUCCACCCCUCCAUAGUGAAUGUCCACAUCCAACACCCUCCUGAAGCGGAAGUCCAGGUGCACCAAGUGGCGCGUGUCCAGCCAGGGCAGAGAGCUCCCAUUGCAGAAGGGGCUCACUCAGUGCAACAACGCUCUCAACCUGGUAACGGACAUGACGCCACCAAUGAGCACACAGACAGACCUCAGCACAACAAUGACCACACCCCCCACAGGCCACACCCUCACCCCAGCGGAGUCGGGAGAUGCUUCCAGGAAACGGUGGACGGACAGUGCGGCAAGCCCCUGCCAGGCCUUACCAAACAGGAUGAUUGCUGUGGAAGUGUGGGAGCCUCCUGGGGUCUCAACAAGUGCCAGAAGUGUCCAGCUAAACCAGCAUACGCAGUGAUUGCCAAUGGACAAGUGGAAUGUUCAAAAGGUUAUAAAAGGCUCAAUCUCACACACUGUCAAGACAUAAACGAGUGCAUGCUCCCUGGGAUCUGCAAGAACGCUGAAUGUCUUAACACCAAAGGGAGCUACAGGUGCACGUGCAAACCAGGAUUCAUGCUAGACCCGGCCCGGAGCCACUGCAUCUCUGACAAGGCGGUGUCUGACCAAAGGGGAAUGUGCUACAGAUCACUGUCAACUGGGACGUGCUCUCUGCCUCUGUCUCUGCACAUCACAAAGCAGAUCUGUUGCUGCAGUCGAGUGGGCAAGGCCUGGGGACAUGCCUGCGAGCGCUGUCCUCUGCCCGGAUCAGACCACUUUAAGGAAAUCUGUCCAGUGGGUCAUGGAUACACCUACUCGCGCUCCGACGUGCAGAUCUCCCUCCGGCAGCUGGACGAUGACGAGCUGCAGAACACAGGGCUGUCGUGGGAGGAGGAGAGCCCCACUUACCCCCAAAUCCCCUCCUCUUUUGACCCCUCCCUCCCUACUCUGUAUCCCAGUCACCCGCAUACGCCCCAUCGACCGCAGCAUCCUGGAUACCCCGAGACGCCACAUGUACCACAGCAACCAGCCACACCACACCUGCCGUACCCGCCCUUUGUGGAUAACACUCCUAAAGAGACUGAUGAUGUGGAAAUUCUGAUCCCGCCAGCUGUUGUGACUGAGUCACCACUGAAAUAUCCAGACUCAACAAUCAACAUUCAGAGACCAGAUUCAAAGGAUGCAACAUACUCAGGUCCUUCCUCAGAUGUUGACAAGUGUGCCACCACCCCUAACAUUUGUGGUCAUGGGAGAUGUAUCCCCGUGCAGACUGGCUACACCUGCGACUGCAACCCCGGUUUUAAACUCAGUGCUCUGCAGACCAACUGUAUUGAUGUGAAUGAAUGUGAUGAGGACCCAUGUGAGGGAAAAGGCCGCUGCAUCAACAGCUUUGGCUCUUACACCUGCCACUGUUACAGUGGCUACAGUCAAGUGAUCACGCAGAACAGGAAGUACUGUCAAGACAUUAAUGAGUGCAACGUGCCCAAUAAGUGUCAGAAUGGCAAAUGUGUCAACUCUGAAGGAUCUUACACUUGUGAGUGCAACACUGGAUAUGCCAAAUCCUGGAGAGGCCAUUGUGAAGAUGUAAACGAGUGUCUGAACCAAACUGCCUGCAGCAAUGGAAGGUGUGUCAAUACAGAGGGCUCCUAUAGGUGCAACUGUUUCCUAGGAUACAAACUGUCAUCAGACAACACCUGCCAAGAUGUGGAUGAGUGUGUGCGUCCAGGAGUGUGUCUCUAUGGACGCUGCUCCAAUCUGGAUGGAAGCUACAAGUGCAGCUGUAACCAUGGUUACAAAGUCACAUCUGACGGCAAAGCCUGUGAAGACAUCAACGAGUGUGCAGCCGGUAAUGCAUGCCCCGCAGGAAUCUGUCUCAACACCGUGGGAUCCUUCACCUGUCAGAAGUGCAGGCCUGGCUUUGGACCGUCUGUGGGUGGACUCAGAUGUGAAGAUGUGGAUGAAUGUGCCCAGGGAGAUGUGUGUCAGGGUGGGAUUUGUGCUAACACUGAGGGGUCCUACACCUGCACCAGGUGCAAAGCCGGCUAUAGAGUUUCCUCAGACCGCAAGAGAUGUGAAGAUAUUGAUGAGUGCCAGUCUCUGUCUACUUGUGCCAAUGGGAUCUGUCUGAACACGGAGGGCUCUUAUACCUGUGAGAACUGCCCCUCAGGCUACACAGUGUCCUAUGAUGGAGAGCUGUGUGAAGAUAUUGAUGAGUGCAGACUUCCUCUGACAUGCCCACAGGGCACAUGUACAAAUACUGAUGGCUCCUUCACCUGUCUACAGUGUCAGCCAGGGUUCAGAGUCUCUGAUGAUGGUUUACAGUGUGAUGAUGUAGAUGAAUGUUUGGUGGGUAAUGUGUGCCCAGGCCAGCAGUGCCUCAAUACUCCAGGAGGAUACACGUGCAGAAGCUGUGGAGUGGGACUACAGCUGUCCAGUGAUGGUUACACUUGUGAAGACAUCAAUGAAUGCCUCACCCCAGGAGUCUGUCCGAUGGGUGUUUGUACCAAUACAGAGGGCUCUUUCUCCUGCAUGACUUGUGACUCUGGCUACACUGUGGCACUCAAUGGCAUCUCAUGUGAAGAUGUGAAUGAGUGUGAUGACCCUCAAAUGUGCAGUGGAGGUCACUGUACCAACACCAUUGGCUCCUUCAGCUGCUCCUGUCCCAGUGGCUCAGAGCUAGUGUUCGGGACAUCAUGCCAAGAUAUCGAUGAGUGUUCACGGAUCAUUGGGUUGUGUGGAGAGGGGCGCUGUCAGAACACGCCCGGGUCCUACGUCUGCCUGUGUCCUGAUGGAUAUACCACCGUGGACGGCAGAAGCGGCUGCCAGGAUGUGGACGAGUGCAUUAAGGACGUGUGCAUGAGGGGCCAGUGCCUCAACACCGUUGGUUCCUAUUUGUGUUUGUGCAAAGCGGGAUUCAAGUUCAACUCUGAGACAGCCGAUUGUGAAGAUCAAAAUGAGUGCACUGAUUUUGGAAGUUCCCCUUGUGGUACUUGGCGCUGUGAGAACACAAUAGGAUCCUACCGGUGCUUCCAGACCUGCCAGCCUGGUGUGAACAGGGAUGAUGCCACAGACUGCGAUAUCGACGAGUGCCUCAAUGAAACCAUCUGUGGGAACAGCGGCGUGUGCGAGAACACGGACGGCUCCUUCCACUGCCAGUGUGACCGAGGCUACACCAACCCCCCUGGAGACAUGACCAGAUGUGUGGAUGUGAACGAAUGUGAGAUGAGCGAGGCGUUGUGUGGGGAGGCCCUCUGUGAGAACCACGACGGCAGCUUCCUGUGCUUCUGCCCCAACGCCAAUGAGGAAUUUGAUCCCAAAAGCAGCCAGUGCCGCCCUGUCGAUGAUAUGGUGGUCACACCUGCUGCUCCUCUUCCUCCUUCUGUUUCUGCAUCUGAAGAGAGGAAAGAGUGCUACUACAAUCUGAAUGAUGCCAACUUUUGUGAUAAUGUGUUGUCCCGAAACGUGACCAAACAGGAGUGCUGCUGCACGGUGGGAGCAGGCUGGGGGGACAACUGUGAGAUCCACGCCUGCCCAGUCCUGGGGAGAGAUGACUAUAACCAGCUGUGCCCUCAUGGCAACGGACUGUUAUCUGUGCCAGCCUCAAACUUACAAGCUCUGGGAGACCAGCGCUCCUAUAUAGAUGCCAACGAAUGUGAAAUGUUUGGACCAGACAUCUGUAAGAACGGACAGUGCUCCAAUCUGUUUUCAAGCUAUACCUGCUACUGUCGCUCCGGCUUCUACUACGACAACAUCCGCCUGGAGUGUGUGGAUUAUGAUGAGUGCGAGCUGGGAAAUGCGUGUGUGGACGGAGUAUGUGUCAACACUGCCGGCUCUUUCAACUGUUUUUGUAGUCCUCCAUUAGUGCUCGACAACACGCGGCGCCGCUGUAUAAGCCUCAACACCACAGAAAUUGCUGAGCCUGACCAUGACGUGCACAUGGACAUCUGCUGGCAACGUUUGGAAGGAGACAACGUGUGCUCAGAACCGCUGCAGGGACAGAGGACCACGUACACCGAGUGCUGCUGCCUGCACGGGGUGGCCUGGAGUGGGCAGUGUGCCUUCUGCCCCAGGAAAGACUCCGAGGACUACGCCAUAAUGUGCAACCUGCCGCGGAGAGGAGGUUCCGACAGUCUGAGAGAGCGCCCUGGUUAUGAAUAUGGGGUAGACGGACCAGACGAUGAUACAGAGCCUUUCAUACCACCGUACUGGGACAACUACGGAAACCUGCCAGGUACAUUUGAAGUACCUGAUAGCGUUCCUCUCUUCAAUGACAACGACUACAGCGCCAGACAGCCUCCGGUCAGGGUUCCAGUUCACCGGCCCAGAGAGCAACCGCCAAGACCAGUGGACUUUACUGAGCGGUAUGAAGGUUUUGAAGGACUCAGGGCAGAAGAAUGUGGUGUUUUAAACGGCUGUGAAAAUGGCCGCUGUGUCCGGGUGAGGGAAGGCUACACCUGCGACUGCUUUGACGGUUAUGAACUUGACUUGAACAAGAUGGCUUGUAUUGACAUAAACGAGUGUGAGGACAUCAGCGACAAGGUGCCUCUGUGCCAGAACGGACUGUGCUCCAACACUGAGGGCUCGUACAAGUGCACCUGUCUGCCCGGCUUCGUGGCGUCUGCCCAACCCCACAAAUGUAUCCCCGCCAUCCCCGCGAGACCCACAGCCACAGACAAGAGGAAAGACAGUGACUGAGGAGGGCCUUCUGCUGCUUCAGAGACUAUACAGCACUAAACUACAGCAAUGCAGAGACAUCCCUAACCGCCUCCCCUUCAUAGCACACACAUGAAUAGCACUCUGGUUAAACUAAACUUAACACUGAAAGUUUCACGUGCGCUAGGCUUCGUCACAUUUCUAUUGCCUUAAAGGGAUUCUGUGGACUGUCUGUUUUCUACAACUCUAGGUCACCAUAUUGACAAUGUUUCCUGUUCUUUGCCUGCUUAUUUAUUAUUUUGUUCUGACGGGCCUCUGCAAACUAAGAUUUCAGAUGGCAUACGUUACACCUCUUUUCUGACCACAACAUUUCAAAUGUAUUGUAUCUGUACCGAACUGAGGUAAAUGUAUUGUGGAAGAGCCCAGCCAAUACAGCUCCAGAGUCAUUAUAAAUACAGUAUAAUAUUUAUAAAGUGAAUGAUCAAGUUAAUACAAGGGCCAAUAAAUGUAAAGUGAUGCCACAGUUGCCUGUAAGACAUAUGCACAUCUGGACAAUGAACACAGAAGACACUUCCUUUCGUGGUGUGUGACUAAAAGAUUGUAAAUGUAUUAUGGUCUAAAUUAUGUUUUUGUGUGACUCAAGGCAAACUGAGUGAGUACUCAUCUGGUCCAUGUAUUUAUCUUUUUCAGUAUUUUUCUAUAAAGAAAUCAAUCUUUGCAGUAUUCCCAUGUUUCCAUGCACUUGUUUCAGUUUUCACUGCAGUAAAACACAUUUGGAUCAUACCAGCCCAUUUCUAUUUGUGCAUUUCUAAUCACAGAAAAAGGUUUGAUAAUUUUUGUACAGUUGUAGCACUAUGUAUUAUUUUUGUUACAUAUUCUUGUAAUGCAUUAUAGUUCAACCAGUAUUUUGUUAUCAUACAUAACAUAUAUGUAGAUGUAUACAUGUUUGUACAAAUGUAUCUGUAGUGUGAGGGGAGUGGCUGACACUGUACCAGAAGAUGUAUCCUGCCCUGUGGAGCAGACAAUGAAAUAUAUUUUUGGAAGUGACAGCACUGUUUGACAAACUUUUGCCUUUUGAAAGACUUUGAAAUGCAAGCACAGGUGUGCAGCACAGCAUUGGGACUAAUGAUUAGUGAUUGAGCAUUUCCACUCCAUCAUGAAUGUAUCUGUCACCCAUCCUCUCUUUAGAUGUGGGUAUUUCAUACUCAAGUGUGACAUCCUGUGAUACCUUUGGACAUUGCACCAACAGAUUAACAUACAUAUAUUAUAUCAGCAGUCUUUUAUAAAAGUACAUGUUUCAACUCAUUAACAUUGCAUUUUAAGUCUCAUUUUAGUGGUAAAUCUAUGGUCAAAAUAUGCUCUUUAAUUUUGUUUACCUGUUGACUGUCAUGUUUUUUCAGUCAUCAAAAUAAAAAAAGAUAUGCUUAAA